AUGAAGCUGGGAGGCUUCCUUCUUCUGCUGACCCUCAUCACCCUCAGCCUGGAAGUGCAGGAGCUUCAGGCUGCCGUGAGACCCCUGCAACUUUUGGGUACCUGCAUGGAGCUCUGCACUGGUGACUGGGACUGUGGACCAGGAGAGCAAUGUGUCAGCAAUGGCUGUGGCCAUGUCUGUGACACAGACUAAGGACAGUUUCUACCUGCAAAGAUGUCACUGGAACUCCUUGCCUGAGAAGACAGAUGAAAG